AUGAGGGUUUUUCUGCUGGCAAUGCUGUUGGUGUUUGCUGCACGGGCAGGUUCAGCUCAGUCUCAGAAGUAGCUCAGGCUGUGUGGUCGAGAGUUUGUUCGGGCUGUGGUUUACACAUGUGGGGGUUCCAGAUGGAGGAGGAGCCAAACCGAGGGCCCCGUAAACGGCUAUGAACUUCAGACUGGUGUGGAGUCGUCCAAGGUCACUCCAGAAAUGGACCGAGUCAGAAGAAACCUUGACACAAUGCUGCCCAUAAUGUGCUGUCAAGUGGGCUGUCGGAAAAGUGAUAUUGUUCUCCUGUGCUGA